GAAGGAGGAGAGGACAUGGAUGCAGCUUCUUCAUCCACUGGUGCAGAGGGUUAUGGAAAUACAACCAGAAAUGGAGGCAUAUUCUCUUUCUUGUCCUCUGGUUUCCUCAUCUCCCCAUCAGGAGACAAGUAUUCACAAAACGGAAAGAUUGCAGGUCGAUCUUAAAGAAAUGCAAGGAAAGUCCGUAGGAUUGUACUUUGCCGCGAACUGGUACUGGAAAUGCGAGACCUUCACCCCGGUUCUGCACAAGGUGUACCAUCAACUCAAAGAAGAAGGCUCCGGAUUCGAGGUCGUGUUCGUGUCUUCUGACGAGGAUCAGGCGUCAUUCGAUCGGUUCCACCGCUCAAUGCCAUGGCUCGCCGUACCGUUUACCGAUCUCCGUUCUAGGAGAUACCUAACCCAAAGGUUUCAAAUCGAAGGGAUUCCAUCUCUCGUCGUACUCGGACCAAAUGGAGAACUAGUAAGCACGGAUGGUGUCGAGCUUGUGUGUCGCUAUGGGGCGCGCGCUUUCCCCUUCACCUCAGAAAGGAUAGCUGAGUUGGUGGAGGAGGAGAGACUGAAACACUCGUCUCAAACCUUAGAGAUGCUCCUCUCAAUAGAGGGUAGAGAUUAUGUGAAUAAUCAUGGGAAAAAUGUUAAACUGUCGAAUUUGGUGGGAAAAACAGUAGGAUUAUACUUCUCUGCUCAACCGUGUCCUCCUUGUGUGAAAUUUACUGCAAAAUUGGCAUCCGUAUAUGCCAACUUGAGAGAAAAGAAUGAAAAUUUUGAGGUUGUGUUUGUUUCCAUGGAUAAAAACAUUGAUGACUACUUGCAAUGUUUUGAUAGCAUGCCGUGGCUUGCAUUACCAUAUGACGAAGAGUUCUCGAGGGCUUUAGCCCGAUAUUUUGAUGUGCAAGAAAUACCUACUCUUGUCAUAAUUGGUCCUGACGGAAAGACGGUUACAAAAGAAGGGAGAAGUCUAAUAAACCUGCACUCUGAACUGGCUUUUCCUUUUACUGAACUGCAACUGCGAUUGCUCCAGGAAAAGCAAAAUGAAGAAGCCAAGGCUUAUCCGAGCUCUUUCGACCACGUGGGUCACCAUCAUGUGCUUAAUUUGGUGUCUGAGAAAUCAGGCGGCGGCCCUUAUAUGUGUUGCGAGUGUAACGAGCAAGGAUUGGGUUGGGCAUACCAAUGUCUUGGUUGCGGUUAUGAGAUACAUCUGAAAUGCGGUCGAGAGGGUGAAGAAGAGAGCACAGGAAAGAAGUAGGCUGCAAGUAAUAACCUUUUUCUUUUUCUUUUUCUUUUUUCGUUUCCUUAGUAUUUGCUUUUACUGGCAGCAGAUUUUAAGAUAAAGCCUACGAAUUGUCGGGCUUUGGGCAGAACUUUGAUACUAAAGUUAGACAAAGAAUUCAAAUACCUCUAAAGGGGAAGGAGCGUUGAGAAUAGUAACCGAGGUGUUCUCCAAAGAGGUAUGUGUUAUGACUGAGUGAUAUGAUUAUACGUCGUCGUCGAUUGCUAGUUAACUAAUGAAGGUGAGUCCUGUAUCGAUAUGUACUGUUUGCUAUUUCUUUUCCUUUUCUUCAGGCUAUGAAUUGUCCUACUGAAAUGAAAACAGUUAUUCGGAACAAACUGCGACACUGCUCUAGAA